GUAGAGUUGUCUAAGAGGCUUCAUAUCAUGGAACUGAUGAAUUAUGUUAUUUUACCAUCCAGCUAACAGUCAACUAAAAUGCUACUGAAAUGCUUCAAUAGAAACUGUUAGACGAGCUAUAGCAUUCGAGUUUUAAUAGUGAAGAGGUAAAAUAUUCAAAGAAAUGGGGAACCCAGAGAGGAUAUGGUGGAUUGUAGUGGAAUGUGCUUGCAGGAUCCUUGGUGUUUCUACAGCAACAGUGUUGUGUGCUGUAGGAGUGGAGACACUGAACCAGGGAACAUUUAACAGCCUCGGUAUCUACCUAAUAGUGUCAUCCAUUGCUAUCAUGAUGUUUGAGCUGGCCUACUUUCUGGAUGCUCUCCUGUCCAUGUGUCUGCCCUGUCCUCCAGACUGGCAGCUGUUUGUCUUGUGGGGGAAGAUGGCUCAUGUUGGAGGUUUCCAUAAAUUCCUCUAUUACUCCGUCAUGUCCAUAGUCUGUUUCUUGCAUCCUGUGCUGGUGUGGCAUGCAAUCAUCCCAGGGUCAAUGCUUCUGGUGACAGCCCUUUUCAACUUCAUACUAAGCAAGAAAACAAAGACCAAGUCUCCCAAAAGUCCACAAGAAAGCAACAACAACCAAGACCUGACCUCUGUGUGUGUGACAGAAAGGUCAGACUUGGACAGCACAGUCUCAUUCUUCAGUCCAGUGACAGGAAGAAGGGGAGAAGGGCCGACCUUUUCCAACAAAGACCACUGCCUUAGCUUGGGGGAGAGAGGAGAGAGCAUCCAAGCCAUACUGGAACUGGAGCAGACAGCGGCAGCUGAGGACACCAGCAGGAAGAAGAGGAGGUGGAAAGAGAAGAGACUGAUAUGGUUCAGAGGAAGGGAGGAGCCUGUGGAGAGGGAAAUGGAGGAGAUGGAUGGGUACUCUGAGCCUGAGCCAGACACCACCUCAGACACUGCACCUAUGAUUACUGACUGAACGACUCCCUCGCACUCAGAUUAACCUCCUUACUGAUAACACACAGUGGUAAGCAUAAUGUAUUCUGAAUGUGAGCAAUGACCUGGUGUUGUACAGCAUUCCAGCUGAAGCUGCAACAACCAAAAUAAGCAUUUCUGAAAGUCUGUCACUGCUGAUAAUUUCAUGUGAUCACACUGCUUAAAGAUCAGGUUUAUCUGGUUUAUUUUUUAAAUCAUUUGUGUCAUUUUCACCUAAAAACAUGUAAUAAAGAAAUCUAGUGUAUUUUUUACUUCUAUUUGUGCUAUAAAUUCUGUUAAAAAUUUAACCAUUUGUAUCUGUCUGUGCAUAUGGGUGACUGCUUUUGCAAAGCCAGCAUUGAUUGAAGAGCAGACAUUAAUGAAGGGCAAUCCAAUCCAGUAACCAAAGCAUGCAUUAUUCAUAAAGUAGUAAAUUGGAUCAGCUGUUUCAUUCAGAGAAAACAUAUGUGGAUUUUUAUUAGAAUGCAGUCCUGCAGUGUGUGCAGAUGCAAGUGUUAGUCCCAUUCAAGUCUUCUCAUUGUGUGUUUGACAUGUGUGAGUGGUGGCCAUGGAGAUAGUGCUCUGAGAGGAGUGAUCUUGUUAUUAUGGUGAUGAGGGAAAUGGAAGCUAGCCUGCUAAACCUCCUGUGCUUCUCCAAAUCACGGAUUAAUAACCUGUCAUAACACUGAUAAAAUUAACUGUGUGUAAAUUAGACCCAACCUCUAUAUAUCACCAUGAAAUUAGUAUAUUUAUGCCACACAGGCCCAUGUGAUAAGCCAUGUUCAACAUUUUAUUUAUUUUAUUUUUGUUUUAUUGUACAACAAAGGAUAUGAUCGUCUACACACACAUUCAUCUUUUGCUCAUGUCAUAAAUCAAUAGUUUUGUUCUGUCAAAACACUCACACAAGCACUUAGCUGUACUCACUGUACCCCUCAGUCCUUUGUUCACUAACCUGUAGGUAUACAACAUGCAGCCCUAAGAAACAAUCUCACAGUAGCAUCAAAGAUAAAGAGAGAAUCAAUAAAAGCAGUGUCAUUCAUCAGAAAGCUCCUCACUAAAAGCUGGUGUCAGACACAUGAAAAUACAGCUCGAAGGUAAACAACUGAGGUAUUUGUAUUUGACACGAAUUUCAUCCCCAACAGCUACAUUGUCUCAUAAAACCCCUUUAUUUAUUUAUUUAUUUUUUAUUAUUUUAUUUAUUUUAAUUAUUUUUGUUUAGUUUUGCCCUAUAUCAUGUGAGUCCAGUCAGGAGGGAUGAUAUGGUCUGACGUGUUUUAUGGUGAGAACAGAGAGUCUUUGUCCAGAGUUUGCUGAAGUUGCACACUGAGCUGUUAUUAUCUUUACAACAAUCUUUAGUCAAUUAGCAGCUGAGUGACCCAAUAACAAACAGAGAAGAAAGAAAGAAAAUAUGUCACUAUUUCCAAUCUACUUCCAUAAAUGUCUCCACCAGCUUUCUUACAUACUUUAGAAUGAGCUGUUGUCUGUACAGGAAGUUGGUCAGCUGCUGGAACGUCUUACUUCCACUGUGCAUGUGAAAUCAUAAAUCUAUUCAUACAUUGGGAGAGACUUCCUACAGUUUGUGUUUCCACCCUACCAUAGUUUCCUAGAUGGCAGAUCCAGGCUCAAAAACAGGAUGGGUGAAAUAAAUCUUCUCAGGCCACAGGAACUUCUUCCUUUUCUGUUCAGCUGGACAAAAACUGAAAAGGUCUGUAGCAGAAGUUGUAAUAUGUGCAAUUUGUUUUUUCUUUUUUGCUUGUUUGUUUGUUUUUUGUUUUUCUUGAUCAGUGCAAAUGCAGAUAAAACCUGAAUCUUUUUAUUAUUUGAGGCAAAGGGGUUAUUUAAACAAUAAAAACACACUACAAAUGAUCACAAGACAAGAAACAAACACAUUGAAUUGAAAAAUAAAUGUGGUAUGAAUUAAAAACGUUAAAAGAGCACAAUACCAGAUUAAAACAAUGGUUUAACAUUAAUCUGCCCUUUCUGAUAAAGUGUCAUGUGAGUACUUUUCCAUCAAAUAAAAUUUUCAGAAGUCUACAUAUAGUAUGUGCUACAGUUAACAUUUAUC